GAGGUCGAGGAGGGGGCGACAAAAUGGCGCAGGGGGCGGAGUGAGGCGCAGUCGCUCGCCCAGGCUUUGGCCCAGCUUCCGGAGGAAGGUGGGAGUCAAUCAUUUUGACAAGUCUUCUGAAAGGAACAGCCAGAAGGAGUUGAAACUCUCUUCCAUUUGGUCUCGUGGCAAAGGCAGAUAUCGCUCCAACAGCUCCAUAAAAUAUGACGUGCUCACUCGUGCCCUCUGAACAGUCUUCUGGAACCUCUUUUUUGCCUAAAGACAAUGCCCCAUUUUCUUGGGGUUCCUUGGAUGAGGAUGGAUUAGAUGACUCUUUGUUAGAGUUAUCUGAUGGAGAAGAAGAUGAUGGCCAUUUCAGUUUCACUGAGGAAGAGAUUGAGGUGCUCUUAAAGGAUGAUGGUGAUGAUGGGCAUGAUGAAAACAGAGGAAGAGGGAGUCAGAGUCUACGCCAUAAUUCCCAAGAAAAAAAUUCAUCGUAUAGCUUGGUACCAAUAGCUGAGACCUCUGGCUUCUUCAAACUACCUCAGCUAAGUACAUCACUUGGUCAUGGACCAAAUUCUACAAAACCAUUAGACAGAAACUCUGUACUUGAAAAAAAUUUCGUAAAAGUAACUGUUGCACCAUUUAAUCCAACAGUUUGUGAUCCUGUACUUGAUAAAGAUAAGACUGAUUCAUCCAAGGAUACUGAAAAAUCCUCCUCCCUUGAGGAACAGAUGAGAGAAGAUGAUGAUCUUAGUCCAAAUGAGAGCAAACUUCAUACUGAAUCUGAAGGGAGCAACCUCAAUCCCACCGUGGAUGGGUCCUUGCUCUCUUCUUCAAACAAUAACCUGCAACAGACUAUAUCUGAGAAAAAUACACCUGGCAGCAAGAAAUCUACUCCUGAAUUGCCUCAGAUCUCAGACCAUUUAGAGACAGCUAAUACAGGAUCAUCCUGGAAAAAUGGAUCACAUAAAUCAAGUUCUGAAGUGAGAAAUUCAGUUUCCAGUUCUUCAAACAGACAGAAUAUUCAUGACAGGGAUUCUGGGGAGAUGAAAGCUCGUGAGAGAAGCGACAGAAGAGUACUAGGCAAAGUCAUUCCUGUUCUACAAACCAAAACUAGGUCUAGUGUUUCGACAUUUUCACAAUCUGAUCUAGAAAAGCAGAAGGAAAUUUAUCUCAGCAGAGUCAUUGCACAUAUAGAAGACCCAGGGGACUCCAAUCAAGGCACUGCAGAAGUUGCAGAAAGAACAGAGGGUACUUCGGGGGAGCUGGAUACUUUGAUGGAUCAAGUUCAUAUGCAGAACCCAGACUGGCAGCAUCCUUCAGAUCUUACUACUAGAAAUUAUGCCCGGUUCCGACAGAAACCUCUGCAAAGAUACAGUCUGACUCAGUGGGUUGACAGGAACAAGCGAAGCCACCAUCGGUUCAAGCGUCUACCAGACUUCUAUAGUCCAUAUGUUUCAUCCCAUCAGCAAUGAAGGUCCUAGCCAGGGCCCUGUUCAGAGCAGCAUCUCUUUUCUGCUGUUUUGUGCUUUACAUAUUUUGAAGUUUAUUUUUCACAAAAUUUUUAUUUAACGAACUUGUCACCUUUUGGAAAUGCCCAUUGCUGACUUGAAUUUUUUUGUAUGAGGACCUUCCUGAUUUUGUGUGUUUGUGUGUGUUUAAGCAGUGUUAAAUUGAUGGGUUUGUUUUGUUUUGUUUUUGUUUUAAUUUAAAUUGACUGCCUCUUGAAGAUAAGCAUUAAGCCAAAACCCAGGUUCAACAGAACAUCCACCUCUGUGUAGAGGUAAAGCCUACUUCUGGUGCCCAAAAGAAGUCAUGUUUUAAUCUACUGUAAGGAAGAGAUUCUUUACCAGGCUAUGAGCCAAUGUUAAUUAUUGCUGAUGUCUUGUGAAUGGAUAUAAGUCACUUUGUGUGAGAGUGGGUGUGUUUGCGUGCUUGCACAUGUGCUGGUACUGGAGCUUGAAUUGAGGGCCUUAUGCUCUUGAUAGGCUUUCUUGCUGGCACUCUAUCUCUUGAG